AUACAGAUUUACUCCCAGCCAGUGUGCACAAUUGGUUUGUCAUAGUAGCCGAGAGCGCAGUUUUCCUUGGACCCUAAUCACCAGACUUGGAGACUUGAAAGAAAAUAAGCCUCUCUUUUUCCCUUUGUGCUCGCGAGAGUCUUCUGGAUACUCUUUUUGUUGUUUUUAUCUUGUAUUAUGACCGGUGAGGUGCCGCUCUUCCAGGUUUCACGGGACGUGAUGUAGCCCCCGCACAGGAGGGUCGAUUUGUGGCGGUGUACAGGGAUGUAAAAAAAGAGAGAAGUGGGGACAGUGUCCGUGGAUGUAACGCGAAGGAAAAGAGCUGGUGUGUUUUGUUUUGUUUUUUUCUUUUAUUCUUCCCCCCUCGGAUAGUGGAGCCACAACCAGACUAAUUCAUCGGAUACUAAACCGAGCGGCUGGAUUUGCUGCGCUGUCCCCUCUGCCCCCAUCAAAGUCUUCAGGCGCUGUGCGCAACGCCUGAUGAGGACACUUUCUUUUUCUUUUUUUUUUUUAAAUCCCCCAGGCGAGAAAUUAAUGCACGCUUUGAAUCAGCGCGUGUGCGCCCUUCAUGUUCACCGGUGAUCUCCAAACACAGCGCGGACACAACAUGCCUUUAUUACCUGGAAUGUGAUAUGCAGGAUUUGUAAUCAACAGCACUCAAGAGCCGCUCUACAUUCUCGUGUUGAGAUUUUUUUUGGGGAAAACAUCUGGGAUCAGAUAAAGAAGAUAUUUUGGCCUUGUGGGAGGAGUGGCACAGUGGAGGGAGCCUUGCCAUAGAGGAAGCAACCAAUUGAGGCAUUUGCCAGGGAAAGACUUAGCACUGAGCUCAUCUGGGACUCUGAGCAGCGGGCGGUGAGAGAAGGAGGCCAUGUGGACCGCACGCCUGCUAGUCCUCGCCAGCCUCUUCGCACCAGCCGCACUGGCUUUCAGCAGAGCACCCAUCCCGAUGGCGGUGGUGAGAAGGGAGCUGUCCUGCGAGAGUUACCCCAUCGAGCUGCGUUGCCCGGGCACGGACGUCAUCAUGAUCGAGAGCGCCAACUACGGCCGCACGGACGACAAAAUCUGCGACGCAGACCCCGCGCAGAUGGAGAACACGCGGUGUUAUCUUCCAGAUGCCUACAAGAUCAUGUCUCAAAGAUGUAACAACAGGACCCAGUGUGCCGUGGUAGCCGGACCAGACGUAUUUCCUGACCCAUGCCCGGGAACCUACAAAUACCUGGAAGUCCAAUACGAAUGUGUGCCCUACAAAGUGGAGCAAAAAGUAUUCCUGUGCCCAGGGCUUCUGCGCAGGGUAUACCAGAGCGAGCACCUGUUUGAGUCAGACCACCAGUCUGGAGCCUGGUGCAAGGAUCCUCUCCAGGCUUCUGAUAAGAUCUACUACAUGCCCUGGACGCCCUACCGUACGGACACCCUGACUGAAUACUCCUCUAAAGAAGACUUCAUUGCUGGAAGGCCAACAACAACCUACAAGCUGCCACAUCGUGUCGACGGCACAGGCUUUGUGGUAUACGACGGGGCACUGUUCUUCAACAAGGAGCGCACACGCAACAUUGUCAAGUUUGACCUGCGAACUCGCAUCAAGAGCGGUGAGGCCAUCAUUGCCAAUGCCAACUACCACGAUACCUCUCCCUACCGGUGGGGAGGAAAGUCAGACAUUGACUUGGCUGUGGAUGAGAAUGGACUUUGGGUGAUUUAUGCCACUGAGCAAAACAAUGGACGGAUUGUCAUCAGCCAGCUAAAUCCCUACACGCUGCGAGUCGAAGGGACCUGGGACACAGCUUACGAUAAGCGUUCGGCCUCCAAUGCUUUCAUGAUCUGUGGGAUCCUCUAUGUAGUGAAGUCAGUCUAUGAGGAUGAUGACAACGAAGCAACAGGGAACAAGAUUGAUUACAUCUACAACACCGAGCUCAGUAAAGAUGGCUUUCUAGACAUACCUUUCCCCAAUUCAUACCAGUACAUUGCUGCUGUGGAUUAUAAUCCCAGGGACAAUCUGCUGUACGUGUGGAACAACUAUCAUGUUGUCAAGUACUCGUUGGACUUUGGAGCACUGGACAACAGACUUGAAACGUCCUCCUCUGUCAUGGUUUAUAUGGACAGCAUGACUUCAACAAUGAGGACCACUACUCGACCCGUCACCGUCACCCUGACAACCACAACAACCAGGACUACCACCACCAGGAUGCCCGCCACAAUAACUGCAGUGGCUGUGUGGCCGCACAUAACGACCACAACACCAUCACCAAUGCAGACACUGGUGAACGCCUUAGAGCCAGAAGAUGAUGACGGAGCUCUGCCUUCCUCCAAGCUUCCGAACAUCAGGGUGGAAUAUUGUAAUCCCUUGGUGAUGAUGGACAUCGCCUGGCCGAAGACCAGGCAGGGCACUGUCGUCAAGAUGCCCUGUCCGUCAGGAACCAUAGGUGUGGCUUCAUUCAUGUGCUUGGGCCCAGAAGGAUACUGGGACCUCCAGGGGCCCGACUUCAGCAACUGUACCUCCCCUUGGGUCAACAUCAUCAAUCAAAAGAUAAAAGCCGGAGAGACGGCAGCUGUGAUUGCCAGAGAGCUGGCAGAGCAAACCAAGAGCAACCUUCAGGCGGGCGACAUCACCUUUACGGUGAGGGCUAUGAUUCAGCUUGUUGAUCUGCUCGACGUCCAGCUGCGGAACCUCACGCCGGGUGGAAAAGACAGCGCAGCGCGAAGCCUCAACAAGCUGCAGAAGAGAGAGCGCUCAUGUCGAUUUUAUGUCCAGGCCAUGGUGGAGACGGUCAACAAUUUGCUGCAGCCACAGGCCCAGGCAGCGUGGAGGGAGCUGAGCACCGGGGAGCAGCUGAGAGCUGCCACCAUGCUGCUGGACACGGUGGAGCAGGGGGCCUUCGUCCUGGCUGACAACCUGCUGAAGACGGACAUUGUGCAGGAGAACACGGACAACAUUCAGCUGGAGGUGGCGAGGAUGAGCACAGAUGGGAAUUUGCCCGAUCUGAAGUUUCCACAAACUGGAGGGCAAGGCAACUCGAUCCACCUGUCGGCAAACACACUAAAGCAGCACGGGAGAAACGGUGAAAUUCGAAUAGCGUUUGUCCUGUACAAACACAUCGGCGUUUACCUUUCCACGGAGAACGCCAGCAUGAAGUUGGGCAGCGAAGCUCUGGCUACCAAUUACUCCGUGAUUGUCAACUCUCCCGUUAUCACAGCUGCCAUCAAUAAGGACUCUAACAAAGUCUAUCUCUCUGACCCUGUCAUUUUUACCAUCAGGCAUCUGCAGCAGUCUGAGGAAAACUUCAACCCCAACUGCUCGUUCUGGAGUUACUCCAAGCGCACCAUGAUCGGUUACUGGUCGACGCAGGACUGCCGCUUGCUGAGCACCAACAGGACACACACCACAUGUUCUUGUACUCAUCUCACCAACUUUGCAGUCCUGAUGGCCCAUGUUGAUGUUAAGAACACAGACCCUGUUCACGAAAUGCUCCUGGACGUCAUUACAUGGGUGGGCAUCCUGCUUUCUCUGGUGUGUCUGCUCAUCAGCCUCUUCACCUUCUGCUUCUUCCGAGGCCUCCAGAGCGACCGUAACACCAUCCAUAAGAACCUGUGCAUUAGCUUGUUCAUAGCAGAGUCCCUGUUCCUGGUGGGGAUCAACCGGGGGGACCAGCCGAUUGCAUGCGCCGUUUUCGCCGCCCUGCUCCACUUCUUCUUCCUGGCAGCCUUUACCUGGAUGUUCCUCGAGGGGGUGCAGCUUUACAUUAUGCUGGUGGAGGUGUUCGAGAGCGAGCACUCACGCCGACGAUACUUCUACCUGGUUGGGUACGGCGUGCCAGCUCUCAUUGUGGCUGUCUCAGCGGCAGUGGACUACCGCAGCUACGGAACAGACAGAAUUUGCUGGCUUCGCCUGGAUACAUACUUCAUCUGGAGUUUCAUAGGACCUGCAACCUUGAUAAUUAUGCUCAACGUGAUCUUCCUGGGCAUCGCUCUCUACAAGAUGUUCCAUCACACGGCCAUUCUGAAACCAGACUCCGGUUGCCUGGACAACAUCAAAUCAUGGGUGAUCGGGGCCAUCGCCUUACUGUGCCUUCUUGGCUUGACCUGGGCCUUUGGGCUGAUGUACGUCAAUGAGAGCACCGUGAUCAUGGCGUACCUCUUCACCAUCUUCAACUCUCUGCAAGGGAUGUUUAUCUUCAUCUUCCACUGUGUGCUGCAGAAGAAGGUGCGUAAAGAGUACGGGAAGUGCCUGCGUACUCAUUGCUGCAGCGGCAAAAGUGUGGACAGCUCCAUUGGCUCUGUGAAGGGCACAGCGUCUCGUGCUCCAGGACGAUAUUCUUCCGGGUCACAGAGCCGCAUCCGUCGAAUGUGGAACGACACAGUCAGAAAGCAGUCUGAGUCCUCUUUUAUGACCGGAGACAUCAACAGCUCGGCGUCGCUCAACAGAGGGGCUAUGGCUAACCAUCUUAUACCUAAUGCACUCCUACGUCCUCAUGGCACUAACAAUCCCUAUAAUACAUUGCUUGGGGAGUCUGCUGUUUAUAACAACCCUCUGGGCAUGUACAACAUUCAAGAGCCCUACAGAGAGACAAGUAUGGGAGUCAAACUAAACAUUGCUUAUCAAAUAGGGAAUCCUGAACAAUGCCCGGGAUACAAGUGUCAUGGAUACUCUACCACUGAAUGGUAAUCAUGGCAACAGUUACAGCAUCGCCAGUGCUGAGUACAUGAGUGACUGUGUUCAGAUCAUCGAUCGGGGAUACAACCACAAGGAGACCACCCUGGAAAAGAAGAUCCUGAAAGAGCUCACCUCCAACUAUAUCCCCUCUUACCUUAACAAUUCCCAUGAGCGCUCAAACGAGCAGAACCGGAACCUCGUGAACAAACUGGUUAAUAAUGUUAGCAAUGGCGGCAAAGACAGUGGCUAUGGCAUGGGCUUGGGGGUGGGGAUAGGCAUGAAUGUUGCGCUUAACCUCGACGAUCACUCCACCUUUGGUACCCACAAUGAUGAAGGCCUUGGUCUGGAGUUGAUACGCGAGGAGUCCAAUGCCCCUUUGUUGCCACAAAGACCACUGCCAACCCUGCAGGCAGUCGACAACCUUCACAAUCAGCUUCAGCAGUCCAUGUCACCAUCCCUGCCACUCCCCCAUCAUCCCUUUUCCUCUGCCUCCAACUCCUCAUCUUCUCGAAGAAGGAUCCCCCAGGAGAACAGUGAAAGCUUUUUCCCCUUACUCAACAACGAGCGUAACGAGGAUGAAGGCUCGUCCCCCAGCCACAGCCACCAGAGAGACUCCCUCUACAACAGCAUGCCAAUGUUGCCUGGCCUGCCCGAUGUGUCUGCAGAGUCCACCGAUGGCUCCAAGGAGAGUGGAGAUGCCAAGAGUCCGGAGGCAAGCUUGGACGACGUUUACUACAAGAGCAUGCCCAACUUGGGCUCCCGUAAUCACCUCCAUCAGCUGCAUUCCUACUACCAGCUAGGGCGGGGCAGCAGCGAUGGUUUUGUCGCACCCCCUAACAGAGAGGAUCUUUCUGCAGAAGAGGCUCACCCAGAGCCCUCACACCUGGUCACCAGCCUAUAGGCUCAUAAACCCUCAACAAACCCGUAGUUCCUUUUGUUUCCCAAAGUCCUCUUCCAUGUGCACUCACUCCAUCAAUUGUCGGAAGUGGUAGCCAUUGUUUUUAAUGUUGUCCUGAAGACUGAGACAGCUUGACUCUCACCUUUACUGACCACAAACAGGAUAAGAUUUGCUAUAAAAAGAGAGCGGAAGUGACUAUCUUUGGUUAGAUAUUCCAGGAAGUUGAUGUUGUGUCCCCAGCCUCCUCCCUCGUUUUGAACCCCUCUCCUGUUUGGUGUGUUUUGUCUCCAUCUAAUAAGAGACAUCCACGAAAAAUGUACACCUCAGCGAUAUAGUCGAGAGGAGCCAGACAGUUCCAAAGUCUGAACUUAUAGACUUCAACAGAAUAAAUGGGGAAUUUAAAGAAAAAAGGACUAUUUUAUUAUACUUCUGUAUCUAUAUUGACUUUUUGAAAUAUUUUCUUCCUCUUUGGUGAGUUGCAGCACAUUUUGUUUGCUGAAGUGUUCCUCCAAAAUAAAAAUAAAAAUGGAUAAAAAAAGAAAUACACUUACACUUUGGACAUUUGCCAUGAAGGAAUUAUAGAUUGUAUGCUUUCAAGCAUAGCUGUUCUUAUUUCAUUUAUUUUACUGUAACCUUUGUUAAGAGGGAGAAAAAAAACUAAUGAGAGAAUUAUGACAUAUUUCUAUGUGACUGUACAGAUAACUAGCAUUGCACACGAUAUGCUUUUUUUCAUCUUGGUUUUGUUUUGCUGUAUUUUGUUCUGGGCGAACCUUUUCUCUGUAAAUUUAGUGAUUAGGAGCAGUUUCAUUCUGUUGUGCUGGCCUCUGAAUUUUGCUCUGUAUCGCUCUGGUUUUCUGUUAUGUCACAGAUCUCAAUAGAAUCAGAAAAAACUAAAGAAAUUACUCUCUGGUCGUUCAGGCAUUGCUGUGAAACGUGCUCGCUUCUGUUUCUGGGUCAGUUUUUAAUUCUUGUUUGAGUUUACUUCCCACUCUUUUUUUUUCCUUUGUUCUUUUACUGUGUAGAUAGCAAAACUUUAAGGAGACGGGAUUGCAAAAUCCCUCAGAAAAGUUCAUAGUGCAUUCUGCGUUUGUAUCGACACUUGGAAAACAGCUCAUGCUUCUUGGACGAGAGGACGGGUCGAACUGAGCCUUGAUGUGCACCAGGCACUUGUACAAAUAAAGAAAGUUUGUUGUUUUACUUAUUAAAGAAAGAGCUUUUGGAGUGAGAAAAA